AUGCCAAGUGCCGGAACCACAAAUCCGUUGCCUCAUGCAGCAGCACGGCGGGCCACGGCUGACAAUAUUCAAGAGUUACAAACCAAGUAUACACUUCUUGAGAGCUUGGUUCAAGAUCUCGAAGAAGCCUACGCAGCAAAUAGGCAACUUUGCUCUAAGGUUGUACACUUAGAAGCUCAGCUAAGCACGCUUGGAGAUACAGUACAAAGCUUACUAGAAUUCAAAUCCCGAGCGACAAGGCUGCUACAAGUCCUAGUGUCCAAUCAUGGUGUUGAUGAACUAAAAGCCCAAGUUUUGUCUCUGGCGUUACAGUCUAACAACCCAAACACGUUUCUGAAGUCUGUUGUGGAUGGAGAAAAUCCAUCAGAUGAAACCAACGGGAACGGAGGAAAUACGCUAUUACCAUUGGGGAGUACGCACGCAGAUACCAAGAUGAAUUCAGAACAACUUCAGCUUCAACUUCGAGAUUGCCAACCAAUGAAAACUGUUUGCACGAAGGUGUUAUUGCACCUGUUUGGGGCGAUUAAGGAACUGAAGCCAGAGCUUAUACUGUAUCCUCAUGGACUCACCCGGAAUGACCCUGGUUGGCCUGGAGAAGGCGUUGGAGACAAACGCCGCCCGUUCCUUUGGUUCGAUUUUACCAAACCACCCGAUGACCCUAUCAACGUUGAAGGCUUCAAGGAAUACUGUAAGUUUGUUCGUAAUUGGGGCGCAGAGCAAGUUCCAGCGGCGACCAAUAUUAUUGCAAAGGCAACCGAUGCAACAAUCCAGGAGCAAUGCCAAAUGAAGUAUAAAUACGAGGCCGAGAAAUACAAACAAUACCUGAAAGAGCGCAGCCAAGGUGAUGUCCCACCCACAGACAAUCAACCUGAAGAGAGCGGGAAUACUGGUGAAAUGGCGCAGGUGCCGGCCCGGAGGAAGAGGAAGACUGCUUACUAUCGGUCCAGAGCCGAAGCGAAGCUGAAAGCACGAGCUCGGAAGCUCAGCAAGAUGGUUAUACCAUACUCCACUAUGGAGUUACAAACCUUCUUAACGCCCGGUGCUCAAUCGGACGAUGAGAGCAAGUACGAAAUUCUACAAGACGGAACCAAGCGCAAGACUGGUCGAUAUAUCACUCAUGGAUGGUCAUUCAUGAGCAAACAAUUCAAAAAUCUGAAGGAACUUGUUGAUGCAGUGGCUGACCCAGAGCCUCCUGUUCAUGGAUUUCAACCUCAAGCGCCUGGAUCUCCCUGGGAAGGAAUCCCGCCAGCAAACACAUGCAAUCAAUACCUUCUUUGGGACUGGAUGAUUGAGCCUCAGAUUCUUGCGGAUCAUCCUGAGUGGCAUUGGAGGAGGUUGGUGAUUUCUGACAACAAGCCGAUUCAGACCCAAGCUUCAACUCAAGCUAACAAGCAAAAGCAAUGGCCUACGACUCACACAAGUAGCCCUGCUCAAUCUCUGGAUAUCAAGAAAGCUUGCCUGGAUCUAACUGCCGCCCAGGAGAGACUUAAAAAGGCGCUUGCUGGAGAAACUCUUGAAGAACUGGGACUUGCACUCCAAGAUGAAUUGGAGGGCGGUCUUGAUCCACCACAAGGCAAACUUGAGAACCCAAGAGAAGAGAAUGAAGAGGAUGAGAGUGAAGACAAUCUCUACAAGCGGUUGACGCAGACUCUUAGCGCCAGAACAAUAAAGCGGCCCAUAAGUCCUGUUACAGGCACCAUCUCCCCCACAUUGCCCAUCAUUACUUCCCGCACCCCCUCUUGCGCUUCCUCCCGCGCCUCCCAGCGCACUGCAUCCCACCAAGGCCGUUCAUACCCCCAUGAGAUGGCAACCCGCUCCCGGAGCACCGCUUGUCCCGCGUCCCCUCUUGAUCAAGGAGAGUUGGGACCCACUCUUCCGGCAACCGCCGCUGAGUCAUCAGGCCUUGAACCCAAGGUCUACAGGGAAAUCUCCCUCGAACAAGCAAUCUCCCUCAUCUUGGGAUUGCAAAACCAAAUCCUCCGACUCGAGCGGGAACUCAAAGAAACCAAGGAGGCAACCAAGGAAGCCCAAGACUGGAUGGGCGCAGUCAAUCAAGCCCUCACUUGCAUUGAGGCUAGGGGUGGAGCCCCACACACACCAGAAGACCAGAAGCCCCCGGCAAUUGAGGCCACGCCCAGGCCCUUACCCAAAACCAACACUAUUCCAACGCCUAGCGCACCCCUCAUCGCCUGGGCCAACCCCACAAGAGCUCCCCUCCCCUUCGCACAACCAACUCCCGUCCGGGCUCCCCCGCGAGUCCAUACUCCCCCUCCACCUUUGCCUAUCCGCCUCUGUUCCCCCCAACUCCCACAACCAGCGGCCCCUGUAGCUGCUUAUUCAACCCCAGUCAAGGUAGACCACCCUGAUGCCUACACUGGGAAAAUUGGGAACGAAGCCCGCCAAUGGCUUACGCAAAUGUUGGCAUGGGUACGUCUGAACCAACGGAUGUUCCCAACCAAUCAGGAGGUCCUGUCAUUCCUCCUGAUGAAUAUGAAGGACGUAGCGGGAGCCUGGGCUCACCCCCAUCUUGACCAACUAGGGUCCCACAGGGCCUUAAUUCGAUUGGUCGACGACUUCAGGACGGAGUUCUUGGCUGCUUUUGGCAACCCGGACGCUACGCGAGCCGCUGAGCGGCAAAUCACCCACCUUACUCAGACAGGCACCUGUGCUGAGUACAUUACAAAGUUCAGGACCAUUGCCAUGGACCUGGACUGGAAUGACGCCGCCCUUCGUGGGCAAUUUGCACGUGGCCUCCACUGGGAGAACGUAGCCAUGGUCAUCAAUAACGCCCUCCGCGAGGAGCGUGCCAGCCACCCGCCUAAGGGUAAUAAGCCUGGAACCUCUUCCACUACCCCCAAUAGGGGGGCAAGUACCGGCCAACCGGCCACCAGACCAGGACGCUUGUCCAGCGAUCCUAACUUUGUCUCCGAGGAGGAGCAAAACCGCCGCAGGGCUGAAGGCCUCUGCAUCAAAUGCGGUAAGGCGGGCCAUAAAUUUGUGGAAUGCCGCACUGGCUGGAAAGCCACACCCAAGGAGGAAGGUGUCAAGAAGGAAGCCGCCAAAAUUGGCGAAGAACUAAGGGUACCUGCUGCCGCGCGCAAGGACCCCAAGGACUCUGGACUUAUUGAAAUCUGUAAUAUAUUGAAUAGCAUCAAUAUAAUUUCCCCACUCUUCACAAUUUCAAUUAAGCCAGAGAAACAAGCGGACCCACUAGAAGUCCUGAUAGAUUCAGGCGCUACAUCAUCGUUCCUUCACCCUCACACCGCGGAACUACUCCACCUACCCCUAAUAGACCUCCCUCAACCCCGUACCGUAACUAUGCUCGAUGGGUCGAGCCCCCAGGCUGGAAAGAUUUGGAAGAAGGCCCACCUAACCUUCCUAUUUGAUGGUAAACAAAUGACGGAAACCUUCCUGAUUUGCAACACCGGAUCACACGCCGCCAUCCUAGGAAUUAAAUGGUUAGAAGCCCACAACCCUGAAACUGAUUGGAACUCCCGUACCCUCUGCUUCCCACAUACGCCACCAGAACAUGCAACCAUUGCUGAGGAGGAGGAAGCUGAUCAAAAACCCCUUGAAGGAGUUCCCUCUGAAUAUCACCAAUACGCCAAGGUAUUUGGAGAGGAGGAAUUCAAUAAGCUUCCCCCCCAUAGGCAUUACAAUAUUGGGAUCGAGCUCACAGAGGAAGGACCCCUCAACUCCCCCCUUUACAGUAUGACUGAUGCCAAGUCCGCCACCCUCAAGGACUGGCUUAAGGAUGAACUCAAAGCUGGGAAGAUCUGUCCCAGCAAAUCACCUAUCAGCUCCCCGGUCAUGUUUGUCCCAAAAAAGGAUGGCUCCCGUUGUCUUGUAGUUGACUAUUGUCGCCUCAAUAACCGGACAAAAAAGAACGUCUAUCCGUUGCCUUGCCCAGAUGAUCUCAUGGCCCAGCUCCGCGGCGCCAAGAUCUUUACUAAGCUAGAUCUAAGGUGGGGAUACAACAAUGUCCGGGUGAAAGAAGGUGACAAAUGGAAAACUGCCUUCCAUACCAAAUAUGGUUUAUACGAGUCCCUGGUCAUGACCUUUGGCCUGACAAAUGCACCUGCAGCUUUCCAACACUUCAUGAACGAGUUGUUCAAGGAUCUACUGGAUGUAUGCGUCAUCAUCUACCUAGAUGACAUCUUAAUUUACUCAAAAGAUGACGCAACUCACACAAGACACGUCCAUGAGGUUCUGAAGCGGUUGAUGGAUAACCAGCUCUUCUGUAAAGCGUCCAAAUGCACGUUCCACGUCACCUCUGUGGAAUACCUGGGGAUCAUUGUCUCGGACAAGGGUUUUAGUCUGGAUAAGCUCAAGAUCCAGGCAGUACAAGAAUGGCCAGUUCCCACAAAGGUCAAAGAAGUCCAAUUGUUCCUGGGUUUUGCCAAUUUUCUCUGCCGAUUUGUUGCCAACUUCAGCCACAUGGCUAGACCAUUGCACAAUCUGGUAAGAAAGGAUACGCCAUGGAAGUGGGAUACCAGGGAACAGGAAGCCUUCCAGGGCCUGAAGGACGCUAUCACCAACGCCCCAGUACUUUGCCACGCGGAUCCUACCAAACCCUAUUUCCUGGAAAUGGAUGCAUCAGGUGCAGCUCUGGGAUCAAUACUCAGCCAACAGCAAGAAGACGGAAGACUACACCCCUUGGGGUUCCUGUCGGAAUUGUUCAAAGGUGCCAAACAGAACUAUGACACCCAUGACAAGGAACUCCUUGCAAUCAUCCGGUCAUUUGAGUAUUGGCGUAUAUUCCUGGAGGGGACAAAACACCCAAUCACGGUUUUCACGGAUCAUCGCAACCUGGAAUACUGGAAGGAGUCCAGAACCUUCAAUUGA